AUGCUCCUGGCCUCUCCCUCCACCGCAUCCCGGGGCCGGACCCCCAGCGCCGUGGAGAGGCUGGAGGCGGACAAAGCGAAGUAUGUCAAGACGCACCAGGUGAUCGCGCGGCGCCAGGAGCCAGCGCUGCGCGGUGGGCCCGGGCCGCUCAUGCCGCACCCCUGCAACGAGCUGGGGGGCCCCGCGUCGCCCCGGACGCCCAGGACGGCCCGCCGGGGCAGCGGCCGGCGGCUGCCCAGGCCGGACUCCCUCAUCUUCUACCGCCAGAAGCGGGACUGCAAGGCGCUGGUGGACAAAGAGAACGCCAAGGGCCAGGGGCUGGUGCGCCGCCUCUUCCUGGGCGCCCCCCGGGAUGCCCCCUCCAGCGGCCCGGGCCCAGCGGAGCGGCCCGCGGCGGCAGGAGGCUGGGCCGCGCCCCCGGACGCCCCGGACGCGGCGGGCAAGCGGGCGCUGUGCCCCACGUGCUCGCUGCCGCUGUCGGAGAAGGAGCGCUUCUUCAACUACUGCGGCCUGGAGCGCGCGCUGGUGGAGGUGCUGGGCGCCGAGCGCUUCCAGCCGCGGAGCUGGGGCGCCGACGCCAGCCCCCCGCCGGGGACGCCGCCGCCGCCGGGCUCCGGGGACACCAGCGACUGGGCCUCCAGCGAAGGCGGCGCGGGCCGCUCGGACCACGCGGGCGGCGGCGGCUCGGAGGCGGCGGGGGCGGCGCGGGACGGGCGCCCCCCGGUGUCGGUGGUGGAGCGCAACGCGCGCGUCAUCCAGUGGCUGUACGGCUGCCAGCGCGCCCGCAGCCCGCCGCGCGAGUCCGCCGUGUGA